CCAACAAGCCGUUCUGCCCCCCCUGUCGAGAAAGCCAACUGGUUCUUUUUCGUGGCGUUUUGGGGGCAGGGCAUCUGUCAGUGAUUAAUAAAAGAAAGGGGGCUAGCCACUGUUUUCUUAUCCAGUUUCUGUCUGUUCUUGUUGGCUGCCGCGAUCUGGCCCAGAGCCAAGAACUGUAUCCAUCGCAGAGCUUCAAACGCCGCCGCGGCCAUGCUCGCCUCCCAGGCGCUCGCCGUGCUCGCUGCUUUUGCAGCCACAGUCGCGGCUCAAGACGAUCCGACCAUCACGACGCCUCCGGCAGACUCGACGUCGACGGCGUCGGCGACAACCUCUAGCUCAUCCGGGCCGGCAACAAUCAGCAUAGCAGUUGGGGCUGUCGGCUUUGUGUUCACUCCGCACGAAGCAACUGCCAAUGUCGGCGACAUAAUCAGGUUCACCUUCUACCCCGGCGGCCACCGGGUCGCCCGCGCCGCAUUCGGAUGGCCAUGUAUCCCAUACGAGUACGCCACCAUCAACAAGCCGGGCUUCAACACGGGCGAAUUCGACCCGAAGGUGGUCUCCAACGACCUCCCCUACCACGACGUCCGCGUCAACGACACAGAGCCCAUCUUCUUCUACUGCUACGCGCCCACCUCCUGCGUCGACCACAAAAUGAUCGGCGUCAUCAACCCCAACAGCACCGAGACCUACGACGACCAGCUCGCCUUCGCCCAGAACGUGACCUUCCAGCUCGGCCCGGGCGACCCGUUCCCGACGGAAUCCGCCAUCCCGACGCCCACCCCAGGCGGCUCCUCCUCCCCCUCGUCCCCGGCCUCGCCAGCCGCCUCCUCCUCUUCUUCUUCCUCCUCCGGAGGAGGGUCCAGCCUCAGCGCCGGCGCGAUAGCAGGCAUCGCGAUCGGCAGCGCCGCCGUGCUGCUCCUGGCCGCCGUGCUGAUCUACCUGUGCGGCCGCCGCGGCGGGUUCGACAAGGCGUACCGCAAGUCGGCGCUGGCGGCCGCCGCCGGCCCGCUCUCGUCGCCGGCGGCCGCCAUGGGCGAGGCCAAGUAUGCCGGCGCCGACGCCGCGAGUCUCGGCCUGACCCCGAACCCGAAUCCCAAGAGCCCUGGCCAGACCACGGUCGCGUCGUUUGAUGGGACUGCUACGCUGCGCAAUUCGGUCGCGCAUCAUACUCCUCCGCCUCCUCCUCCUCCUGCUGCUGCUGCUGCUACUGCUGGUGUUGCUGGUGCUGGUGCUGGUGCUGCUGGCGCGGGGUAUGGGUUGUUUGGGCCGGGCGCGUCGUUUCCCGGGUACGGGUUCGGCGCGGGGCAGGGGCAGGGGCAGGGGCAGGGGCAGAGUCACGACCUGCGGGCGUUUGGCCGCGACUCUCUGUAUAUGUCUCCGCAGUCGUCGCCGCCACCGACGGGACCGUACACGCACUACAUUCCGCCGCCGGCGGCGGAACUGCCGUCGGCCGACGCGCCGGCGCCCACGCGGUCGCCUCCGCCGGGGUAUUAGGGCAGAAACCCGUGGGGAGGAGGCUAGGCGGGGCUGUAUCGGCCUAGUGCAAGGCCGUGGGGUGUGUGAAGUUGGGGUUUUAACUUUUGUUUGUGCGCGUUCUAUUCGCUGGGGUACGAUUGCACUCCAGCCGCCAGUGUUUGGUCUCGGGGCCUAGAGGU